AUGAUGGACGCCGAGGAAAUCGACGACAACUCCAGCCAAGAGGCCAACCUUCCACCAGCAACCUUAACCUUAGCCACGAAGAAGCGGACCAAGACCAAGAAGGACUCUCCCGCCGUAGCUCCUUCCAGCACCCUCACUCGCUUCCUAGGACCCGCCGGCCCUCCGUCCCGUUCUGCGUGGGACGAUGUGAAUCGGCAGUGUCCGGUGUGCCAGCAGACAGGCUUCUCGUCGCGGUCUUUAGCUUUGCACGUGAAUGACUGCCUCGAAAGAAGGGCUCGGGCUGACGCUAGCGAUAGUGAGAGCGCGGCUGGCGGGCGGAAAGAUGCAGCCGGUGGGGUAGGGAAUCCCGAUGGUCGCAAUACGGCGACUGCCACGACAGUGGGAAAUGAAGCGAGCAGCGCCGUCACUGAUGUGACCGGCAGUGGAAGUCGUGAAGGCAACACUCGAAGAAUGUCGAGAGAAGGGACACCGAAGAGUAAGGCAGUACACGGUCGCGGGGGAGAGAAGCAAGUUCGGCAGGACAAGGCUGCGAAGAAGACCAAGACGCUUCAGGGCGAACGGGCUAUUGAUACUGAGAGAGCAGCCUCGGCUACCUCGAAGGCUCGGGUUUCUCACACCCGAAACCAAGCUGCCGACAAGACGAAGUCCAACACAAGAGCAGCUCUACAGCAUCGCUUGCCCAAUUCCACGCAGUCAUCUUCCCCCGAUGGGUCGCAGCAGCCAAACCCACUUCGCCGUCGAGCUUUGGGGUUAGCUCGGCCAAAGGGGCACCAGAUUGUCAGCGACGCCAUGCCAACACCUGCUGCUGCUUCGAAUGCGAGUAGAGCACGCAAAGGCUGCGACUCGCGCGCCCUUGAUGAAAUCGCGCAGGCGCAGCUGUUGUAUUUGCGAGAGGCCUCUGCGCGUGGGCCUGCGCACGGCGGUGGAUGGCUCGGCACGAAACUUUUCCCGGCACCCGAUGAGGAAGGAGAAUCAGCAGACGAUGGCUCCAUGGAUUGCUGGUGUGUUGGCACCGGUGGUGGUGAAGGUGCAUAUCGGUCAAGCUGUGGGGUGGGUGAGUGCGGAACUGGACGAAACACAAGGAUGCGGAAAGAAAACCGUCGAGUGCGCGGCCGACCAGCGUCGUGGGGUGCUCGUCCGAACGACGAACAGUGGGGUUGGUUCGGAACCUGGCCAGCUGGCGGGAGUGUCGACGACGGCGGCGUUGACUGCUGGGGAGAUGGAGACGGCUAUCUCACGCUGAAGGCAUUUCCUCCGCCCGAAACGCUGGUAGAGUCGGAUGGUGAGGAUGAGAGGGAUGGUGGCGGAGCUGUCAUGCCGGUAGACGCCGCACGAUCGAUGCGCUUAGGCGAAGAAGGUAGCCCUGCCCCAUCGUCAAGAGUUGACCGCUUCCUGCAGGUGUUUUCUCGGCUGCAGCCCGCUCGUAGGGCGCUGAGACUUCACGAGCCGCCAACGCCAACGCCAACGCCACAAGACAGUGGUGACAACCGUGCCAACGCCAAGGUCAAGAACGUCGGUACACGAUCGCCACCGACAGCAGUCGCCCCGACAAACAAGAACACGGUUGCCAGUAGCUCUGGCCCACAGCAGGCCGAACGUCCAGGAGGCUCACCGACUAUGAGACCUUCCGUAGAGCGUGAGCCGGGCGGGGCUGGAAAUAGUGCUAGGACGGGGACUGCGCGUAGCUGCGAGGGUGAGAGGGUCCGCGAGUUGACCAUGCCCCCGCCGAAACGCACGGCCCUCGAAACGAUAUCUGAAGUCAGCGCCAACAACAACCGGCGACCGGGCGCCACGAUAGCUUCUUCCCCAGUGCAAAGUACUUCGCCUGCGAUCAUCGCCUCGUUCAAGUCCGUAUCUGGGCACAAGAUUAGCCGGAAGCAGCCGCCACAAGAGCCUCCACAACAACGCAAACCUGCCAACCGGAGUGGCGAAGAGGGGUCUCGGCGACAUGAGCAGGAGGACCGCAACCGCACUAGCUCGGAGGGGUCUAGCAGAAAAUUGUCUUUGCCAGCGCCGACGGUACGACGUACCUCCACUUUCGAAGUGCAAGCCUGCUCCGGAGGGGUGGAAAAUAGUGUGAGCGCGCCAAAGGGGAAUUCCCCCAGGGUUGUCAAGACUCCCGCCAAAAUAUAUGGGCCGCCAAACGAGAGUGCUGCAGAUGCUGCGAGCCAGCAGAGCGGGAAUUCCCCCAGGGUUGUCAAGACUCCGGCCAAAAGAAAUGGGCCGGCAAAUGAGAGUGCUGCAAGUGCGACGGCUCCAAGCUCGGUGGGGUCGGAGCGCGCGACGUCGGCGCCUCAGACUAGGCGUCCGGUUGCGGUCGCGAACGAAAACCUGACCAUUGGCGAGCAUCGAAAACGGACGGCUCAUGUCGAUCGCGCCCCGGUGGACGCAACAACACAUGGGGUGCCACAGCCACCUCCUCGGCACGGGAGCUCGACGGGUUCGGAUGAAGUGAAACGCUCCAUGCCAGGCGCGACGGUUGCGAAGAAGCGAGCAUCUAGCUCCCAUGAGAGGAAUGUGAGGGUAUCGUCGAUGGAUGCCGGUGGCCACCGCAGGUCACAGAGAGACCCACCUCCUGGCCUGCAGCGCGCGAUACCUACGUCCAGCCAAUGGAACGGCUCUAGAUCGAGGGGAGCGUUGGCCUCACGGGCGUCUUCCGGGUUGCUGCGAAGUGCUGACCUCGCAGCACGUUCUGAGAAUCAGCGCAAGGAAAACGAGAAUGCGAAGGUCGCGCCUGCUGCGAACGAUGGUGUCGUGGACCUUGCCGGGAGCAACUCAUCGCAGCUAGAAGAGUGUGAAGGACGCAAAGCGGACGUGCGGCAGAAGGGCUCUCUAACUGUCGUCUGGGAGCAUGGAGCAACUCUUCGGGAUAGCUGGUCUAUCGACAGCUCGCACGAGCUCGGAAGGCUGGCGUUCGGGGCCUUGCUGGACUAUGAUGCGGUCUGGUAUCUAUCUCCUGCCGACACGGACUGUGUCGGCGUUCUCCGGUACAGCGUCGUGCCCCAUCCUCGCCUUGCACCCACGGGCGGUUGGAUCAGUGGAAGCGGGCGACUCCGAGACGAUCCCUAUAUCAUCGUCAAAGCUGAAGCUGCUCCCUCCAUUCGUCCUAGCAAGGCAGCCAGUCGAGAUCGAGGGGACGGGCGGGGGGGCUCAGGGCAGAGGCAACCAAAUCUCGAUCCCCAUCACCACCAAGGUAGAGUGGGAGUCGAAGGCCUGACGAAGUCCACGCAUGGAGCGGCUGAUGGCGGGUACACAGCAGCUGCGCCGUCGCGUGGCCACGCGGGGCGAUCGCGAGGAACAAAUGGCACGCAUGGGCGGCAUGCGGAGCGCUAUGAACCAGCGGAAGAGAGUCACAGCGAUCGCGUGUCUGCGGGUCCAACGGCGGAGGGGGGGCGACGAACGCAGCCGCAAACUCCUUCUAGAGUCUUGCCGAAGGCCGUCUCGGCUGGGGGGAGCUUCGGGCUCGCAACAAGCCCUUCCGCAAAAGCACUGGAGGCGAACGACUCUGGCGACAAGGUGACGUGUCCCGUUUGCAACCGAGGCAUGGACCACUGGAAGUCGGGGCAGCGCCAGCAGCACGUCCACGCCUGCCUGAUGAAGCAGCCGUCCUCCGCAAAGAAGACCCGUCUUGCCGGAGACGCAACGCCGAGCGCCUCGCGGCCGUCGGGGAUUACACACCGAUCAUCGCUUCAGUUCGAUGGGUCGAGCGACCCCGGUGAAUCAACUACACCACGUCCCGAGCGUAGGCCAGGAGUGCGAAGGACGGAAGGAACGGGAUCGUCCGCGAACAGGCAAGAAGGGCCGUCAGGUCCUUCGGAAGGACCGAGGUCAUCACGGGUGUCACUUCAAGGGGUAUUUUCGCCGAAACCUGCACGUGACCCAGAUGGAACAAAUACGGUCUCGGCAUCAAGAGGGACGGCGCCGGCUAGGGGACCGGCCACCACGGGGAGAAUGUCGUCAUCGAAGGGCCUCACUGAGUGCCCUGUCUGUGGGGUUAGUUUUGGAGGCCGACAGGGGCAGUGGGAGAGACAAGCGCACGUGCAGCAAUGCCUGGAUAGUGCCUGGGAACCCUAGAAUAGGUGUUCGGCUUUGGAGCGAAAGGUGUUGGAAAGAACACGGCGUCGACAAGCUUUUGGAAACG